GCCAGGGCGGUAAUGGGGCUGCGCAGGGCGGCGGUAGCGGCCCUCGAAGGCGGCCUGCUGGGCCGGGUCCCUGUCCCCUCGUCAGCCGCGGCCUGGAGGCACGCGGCGCACUUCACCUUCCAGCCGGACCCAGCGCCCAGCGCCCACGGACAAACCCAGAAAAUGAAUCUCUUCCAGUCUAUAACAAGUGCCUUGGAUAAUGCCUUAGCCAAAGAUCCUACUGCAGUAAUAUUUGGUGAAGAUGUAGCCUUUGGUGGAGUCUUCCGGUGUACUGUUGGCUUGCGAGACAAAUAUGGUAAAGAUAGAGUUUUCAAUACACCAUUGUGUGAACAAGGAAUAGUUGGAUUUGGUAUUGGAGUUGCAGUUACUGGUGCUACAGCCAUUGCAGAAAUCCAGUUUGCCGACUACAUUUUUCCAGCAUUUGAUCAGAUUGUUAAUGAAGCAGCAAAAUAUCGGUAUCGCUCUGGAGAUCUCUUCAAUUGUGGAAGUCUCACAAUACGAGCACCUUGGGGUUGUGUAGGUCAUGGUGCAUUAUAUCAUUCUCAAAGUCCAGAAGCCUUUUUUGCCCACUGUCCAGGAAUAAAGGUUGUUAUUCCAAGAAGUCCUGUCCAGGCCAAAGGAUUGUUACUGUCAUGCAUAGAAGAUAAAAACCCCUGCAUAUUCUUUGAACCUAAAAUACUUUACAGAGCAGCAGUGGAACAAGUUCCUGUGGAGUCAUACUAUAUUCCGCUGUCUCAAGCUGAGGUGCUGCAGGAGGGAAGUGAUGUUACUAUGGUUGCCUGGGGGACUCAGGUGCAUGUAAUCAAAGACGUAGCAACCAUGGCUCAGGAAAAGCUUGGUGUGUCCUGUGAAAUAAUUGAUCUGAAGACUAUUUUGCCUUGGGAUACUGAGACUGUUUGCAAGUCAGUGGUGAAGACCGGACGAUUACUGAUCAGUCACGAGGCCCCUUUGACAGGAGGCUUUGCAGCUGAGAUUAGUUCUACUGUUCAGGAGGAAUGCUUCUUGAAUCUCGAGGCUCCUAUUUCAAGAGUAUGUGGCUACGACACUCCGUUUCCACACAUCUUUGAACCUUUCUACAUCCCAGACAAAUGGAAAUGCUAUGAUGCCCUUCGACAAAUGAUUAACUAUUGAUAAAAUAGGUACUUUGGCCCAACAACCUGCUGAGAUUUCUGCUGUUUGCAAAUUCUUAUAAGCGCACAAUUUUUUAAGUAGCAUGCAUUUGUAUUGUACUGUUCCAAUAGCAAAGGCCUUGAUGCUUGCAACAGCUGCUUAUGCCCAUUCUUCAAAGGUGUCAUAGUCUCAUUUACAGUUUUCUUUUGAAUGUGUAUUAUGCCUUAUGUGACCAAUGUCUCUUUGUUCAACCCAGUCAUUUGUAGAGAUGGUUCUUUUCAGGACUCUGACUUUUCCUUCUGAAUUUUAAUUUCUCCCCUUCUUUCCUAGAGACCCUUUCUCCAGAACAUACUGCAGUAAAUAUAGUGACUUAUACUGACUUGAGUAUGAGUUUGCUACCUGCAUCAUGCAGGUAUCAAAUUUAUGCCCAGUUAGUUAUUGUGCAAUAAUGCACAUGUUGAUUAUUCCUUGCUAUGCACUAACACUAUGUCUGUGGGCUGACUUGGGACUAAAGUUAGGUAUCAAUGAUGCAGGUAUCAAACUUACGCUCAAGUCCGCUUAAGUUGCCAUAUUUACUGCACAGUACAGGCAUUCAUGUGUAGAUGCAUGCCCUUUCUGCGCAGUAAAUAUUCACGGGUAUUAUUUCAGAUACCACUGAGUUGCAGGGGGGGGUUUAGUAAAUAUAGAGUGUUUAAAUGGAACUGUAGUAUUUUGUGGAGCAAGGGUCUCUAGGAAAGAAGAGGAGAAAUUAAAAUUCAGAAGGA